AUGGAAGAUCGCAAGGAGAGGAAUGCACCAUGGCUAUCUGUGCCACAAUUUGGUGAUUGGGACCAAAAGGGUGAAGUUCCAGACUACUCCCUGGAUUUCUCAAAGAUCAGAGAAAUGAGGAAACAGAACAAGAGGGAUGUGUCAAGAGCCAGUCUGGGAAAUGAAGAAGAGCUCAUCUCCUCAACCUCUGGCAAUGGAAACACACGCCAACAUGAUGAUCAUCAUAACCCUUUCCAUCAGAACCACUCUCCAAAUACAAGGAGGAGCUUUUUCAGCUACUUCAACUGCUGUGUGAAAGCCUAA